CCAUCAAAUUAUAACACAACCUCUUCUAGCUAGCUAGAACAUCAUCAUUAACUAUAGCUCUACGUACAAUGGCAGCUGUGCAGUUCAGGUUAAUCGUGACGACUUCCAUCCUUUUGGUGGCCGCCACAGUGCUAUCCUCUUCAGCGACGAUCGAUUCGGCCGUUGCUGAUCUGCACUCUACUGCAACCACAACAACAGUGUCGACGACAAAGGUGGAGCCGGAGCUGGCAAUGGAGUGCUGGGGGGCAAUGUUGAAGGUCCCCAGCUGCGUGGGAGACAUAGCCAAAGUGGUGAUGGGUGACGUCGGAGCGAUCUUCGGGUUAGGCAAGCCUUGCUGCAAGGCCUUCCUGUCGCUGACUGACGAUUGCAAGAUCAAGGUGUUCCAGAACUUGAAGUUCCUGCCGGUCAUUGAGAGCUUCUGUGCUGCCAUCACCGGCGGCGGCGGUAGCGGCAGUUCUCCUCGUUCCGGCUGAUCUGUCUAGCUCUAGAUCUGAUUUCUCAUUGAUUUUAGUCAUGUACGUAGCUAGCCAAGGGAUGCAUGGAUUCUGUUUAUUUCCUUUAGGGUUUCGUUUAAGGGGAGGUGGUCAUAGUGAAUAAAUUCAGAAUGGACAGGAAAUAUAAUAAUGUACUAGUUUUUUGGCCCGCGCUCCGCCGCGGUAAGAACUAAUGAUUUAGUUUUAAUCAAAUAAUUCAUAAAAUUAUUUAGAUAAGAUACAUAUGCAAGUUUCACGUGAUGUCUUAAUCAUUAAGAAUAACAUAGUCAUCCUUUUGUUUAAGCGAUACAUCGUAAAUAACUAUUUCAACAUAAAAUUUACAUAGUGUUUAGUCAUUAUAGAAACCUUACAUUUUUUUAAUUGAUACAUAUAAAAUGAUUAUUUGUUCAUAAACUUUAUAUAGUGUCUUAAUCAUUAAGGAAAAUUCAUGCAACAAUUAUAGAUAGUUAUUACAUAAAUUUUUCAUAAUGUGUGGUCUAAUAAUAAAAUCACAUUAUAAUAAGUAACAUUCAUGAAGUUUUAAUUUAUGUAACUGUCAUAUAAUAUUGUUACGUAAAUAUUUCAUAAGGUGUUGUCAUAGAAAGUAACACGAAAGUAACAUAUGAUUAAAUUGUUAUGUAAAAAUUAAAUAAUCAAGAGCUUAUGGUAAAAUUAGAUGUAUGUGAUAAAGAAAUAUUAUAGAACAUUAUUACAUAAAUCUUUAAUAAUGUGUGGUCUAAUGAUAAAAUCAAAUUUUAGAAAGUAACAUAUUGUUUAGUAAUAAACAUUGAAAGUAAAGGAGUUUCAGUUAAUAAUUUAUCAUAGAAUUUCAUAUGAGUUUCAGAAUUAUCGUAGAAUUGGUUGUAUGGGGAAUAAAACUCAUAUGAAUAGUAUUGCUAAAAAGGAGAAAAUGAGGAUUAUGGUAAAAUUGGGCAUAUGUGAUAAAACUCCAUUGUCAGCAAUACCCGUUGAGAAAAAAAUCUCAUGUAAGAGUUAUAGAUAGUUAUUACAUAAAAUCUUCAUAAUGUAUGGUCUAAUAAUAAAAUCACGUUAUAGUAAAUUACAUUCAUGAAGUUUUAAUUUACGUAACUGUUAUAGAAUGGUGUUAUAUAAAUCUUCUGUAAUAUAUUACAUUCAUGAAGUUUUAAUUUGCGUAACUGUUAUAGAAUGGUGCUAUAUAAAUCUUCCGUAAUAUUUGGUCUAAUAAUAAAAUCAAGUUGCUAUGUAGGAAAUUUAUAUUUAUUCGGUUACAUAGUUCAUUGAUAUAUAUUUAUUUGUGUUUUUGGUUUACUUUUUAUAAAAAAAAGCUAAAAGUAUAUGUCUUCUUCCCUUCUCUGCUAAUACCCGACAAGAUUUGUGAACUCGAAGAACAAAGCAAAUUGUUCAGAGAACAGGUAAAACGUAGUAGGUUGGCAUUAAAUGGGCUUUGCCUGUUCAGUCCAAGGCAAAAUACAUGGGGAAACCUUAAUUACGGAAUGGAAUAUCAUGGAGCAGAGGUUAGGUGAUUAAUUCCUAAGUGAACAGUAACUAAACUUAAUUUUUCGCGACAAUGUGGCUUUUGCUAUUUUUUCGAAUGAAACAGUAAAAAUAUGUAAACGUAACUUGUGCUAUUAAUAAUAUAUUAUUCGGUUACAUAGUUUAUUGAUAUAUAUUUAUUUGUGUUUUUGGUUUACUUUUUAUAAAAAAAAGCUAAAAGUAUAUGUCUUCUUCCCUUCUCUGCUAAUACCCGACAAGAUUUGUGAACUCUAAGAACAAAGCAAAUUGUUCAGAGAACACGUAAAACGUAGUAGGUUGGCAUUAAAUGGGCUUUGCUUGUUCAGUCCAAGGCAAAAUACAUGGGGAAACCUUAAUUACGGAAGGGAAUAUCAUGGAGCAGCGGUUAGGUGAUUAAUUCCUAAGUGAACAGUAACUAAACUUAAUUUUUCGCGACAAUGUGGCUUUUGCUAUUUUUUCGAAUGAAACAGUAAAAAUAUG